GGCGCGGCGGCCCCGGCCCUGCCCCAGCCCGGCUGCGGCGGAGGCAGCGGCGGAGCCGGCGGGGCGGCGGCGGCGGCGGCGGGAUGGCGGCGCCGCUGAGCGACGGGGACCGUCGGAAGCAGAUCAGCGUGCGGGGCAUCGCGGGGCUGGGCGACGUGGCCGAGGUGCGCAAGAGCUUCAAUCGCCACCUCCACUUCACCCUCGUCAAGGACCGCAACGUCGCCACCCCACGCGAUUACUACUUCGCGCUGGCCCACACGGUGCGCGACCACCUGGUGGGCCGCUGGAUCCGCACCCAGCAGCACUACUACGAGCGGGACCCCAAGCGCAUUUACUACCUGUCCCUGGAGUUCUACAUGGGCCGCACUCUGCAGAACACCAUGGUGAACCUGGGCCUUCAGAAUGCUUGUGAUGAAGCCAUUUACCAGCUGGGUUUGGACUUGGAGGAGCUGGAAGAAAUUGAAGAAGAUGCUGGACUGGGAAAUGGAGGCCUGGGGCGCCUGGCAGCCUGUUUCCUGGACUCCAUGGCCACACUGGGGCUGGCAGCGUAUGGUUAUGGCAUCCGCUACGAGUUUGGGAUCUUCAACCAGAAGAUUGUCGAUGGCUGGCAGGUGGAGGAGGCGGACGACUGGCUGCGCUACGGGAACCCCUGGGAGAAGGCCCGCCCCGAGUACAUGCUCCCGGUGCACUUCUACGGCCGCGUGGAGCACACGCCCGACGGCGUGAAGUGGAUCGACACGCAGGUUGUCCUUGCCAUGCCUUACGACACCCCAGUGCCUGGAUACAAGAACAACACUGUGAACACCAUGAGACUCUGGUCUGCCAAGGCUCCAAAUGACUUCAACCUCCAGGAGUUCAACAUGGGUGACUACAUCGAGGCAGUGUUGGACAGAAACCUGGCAGAAAACAUAUCCAGAGUCCUGUACCCAAAUGACAAUUUCUUUGAAGGCAAGGAGCUGCGGCUGAAGCAGGAGUACUUUGUGGUGGCUGCCACCCUCCAGGACAUCAUCCGCCGCUUCAAGUCCUCCAAGUUUGGCUGCCGAGACCCUGUGAGAACAUGCUUUGAAACCUUCCCAGACAAGGUGGCUAUUCAGCUCAAUGACACCCACCCUGCCCUGUCCAUACCAGAGCUCAUGAGAAUCCUGGUGGAUGUGGAGAAGGUGGACUGGGACAAGGCCUGGGAGAUCACAAAAAGGACCUGUGCCUACACCAACCACACUGUGCUGCCCGAAGCCCUGGAGCGCUGGCCGGUCUCCAUGUUUGAGAAGCUGCUGCCGCGGCACCUGGAGAUCAUUUACGCCCUCAACCAAAUGCACCUGGAUCGCGUGGCAGCUCUGUACCCGGGGGACAUCGACCGCCUGCGGAGGAUGUCGGUGAUCGAGGAGGGCGACUGCAAGAGGAUCAACAUGGCUCACCUCUGCGUCAUCGGCUCGCACGCCGUCAACGGCGUGGCCCGCAUCCACUCCGACAUUGUGAAGAACUCGGUGUUCAAGGAUUUCUAUGAGCUGGAGCCAGAAAAGUUUCAGAACAAGACCAAUGGGAUCACACCGAGGCGCUGGCUCCUGCUGUGCAACCCGGGAUUGGCUGACAUUAUUGCUGAGAAAAUUGGGGAAGGCUUUAUCACAGAUCUGAGCCAGCUGAAGAAGCUACUGGAGUUCAUCGAUAAUGAGACUUUUAUCAGGGAUGUGGCAAAGGUCAAGCAGGAGAACAAGCUGAAGUUUGCAGCCUACCUGGAGGAGCAUUACAAGGUGAAGAUCAACCCCAUGUCCAUGUUUGAUGUCCAGGUGAAGCGAAUCCAUGAGUACAAGCGGCAGCUGCUGAACUGCCUGCACGCCAUCACCCUCUACAACCGCAUCAGAUGUAAUCCAUCCAAAUCCUUUGUGCCCAGGACCAUUAUGAUUGGAGGAAAGGCAGCCCCUGGCUACCACAUGGCCAAGAUGAUCAUCAAACUCAUCACAUCCAUUGGUGAGGUCAUCAACAAUGACCCCUAUGUGGGGGACAAGCUCAAGGUCAUCUUCCUGGAGAACUACCGGGUGUCCUUGGCUGAGAAGGUGAUCCCAGCAGCGGAUCUCUCCCAGCAGAUCUCCACAGCUGGCACGGAGGCCUCGGGUACUGGCAACAUGAAGUUCAUGGUGAACGGGGCCCUCACCAUCGGUACCAUGGACGGGGCCAACGUGGAGAUGGCGGAGGAGGCGGGCGAAGAAAAUCUCUUCAUAUUUGGCAUGAGGGUGGAGGAUGUGGAGGCCCUGGAUCGGAAAGGGUACAACGCCCGGGAGUACUAUGAGCGCCUGCCCGAGCUGCGCCAGGCCAUCGACCAGAUCACCAGCGGCUUCUUCUCCCCUCGGGACCCCGGCUGCUUCAAGGAUGUGGUGAACAUGCUCAUGUACCACGACAGGUUUAAGGUGUUUGCAGACUAUGAGGCCUACAUUAAGUGCCAAGGGCAAGUGGACCAGCUGUUCAUGGAUCCCCGUGAAUGGACGAGGAAAGUGAUCAGGAACAUUGCGUGCUCGGGCAAGUUCUCCAGUGACAGAACCAUCACGGAGUAUGCCCGUGAGAUCUGGGGGGUGGAGCCUUCUGCCACAGCAAUCCCCCCGCCCAACCUGCCCCGAAAUUGAUGCAAGCACCAAGGGAAGGAAGGAGGGAUAUGCUCCCAUCACAGGAGGCCUCAGCUGCAUUUCACCACCAGUCAGAUGGGCUCAGCUCUGCAGAAACAAGGCCUUUCCCUCAGAGGGAUAGAAGGAUGCUCUGAGGAGGAGCCC